AUGGCCGAGAGCCGAUGUACUCGUAUACCGGCUAUAAAUAAGCCGAGCGGGCGCGCGAAGCGGGAGAGAUUUACUGGAGGCGCGGUGACACGGGGGGGAGAUGCGCUGGAACAGGUUGACAAAAACCACACGCACCGCCCUAGCCCGCGGCAAGUGUCAACCUGUCAACCUGUCGCGAAACUGGGUGACGAGCCCGCGUUAUUUUCCAACCGUACGCCCCUAGCAGUUGUCAGGUUCGGUCUUGUGAUGUUAACCGGACGCGGCAGUGGCGUGUCCAUACCUCCACCGCUCGUACAGGAGACCGUCGGAGCUGAAGAGGACGUUGAGUGUGCGGGUGGAGAUAACGUACGAACCGUUAACAGAACGGUAACGAGUCUUAUUGAACUGAACUGUGGUAGGGCCACGCAAUAUCUUCGGCUGUCGCACGAAUGGGCAUGUCAGGACAGAAAUGUGGCAUCGCGUCUGCAACGCUACCGAGUAACAGCUCCAGGCAGCUUCAGUUCGCUCGUAACGGCUUACUCGUAUAUCGCGUCGAUUGCGGUUCUCGGCCGCCGCACCUCUCGUACGGGCGUCGCGUGGGCGAGGCCGCGCAGCGCGCCGCUCUCUACGGGGGCGCGCGAGUCGCCCAAUGUCAAGUUCACAAUCGCUCAUCGUUUGGACUGCUUCCGACCCGGUUCCUUC